AUGCCGCGUGUCGCCGAAGAGAGCAUGCAGCCGACGCUGGAGAUGCUCGUCGGGCAUGCGCUGGCGCGCGUGGAUGAGGCUGACGAAGUGUGCGAUCGUCUCGCGACGGAAUCCAAGCAGGCAGUGCAAUCGCUGGAAACUCGCGUAGAGGCGCUCGAGACGCAGAACUCCGAGCUGAGGGAUCUGGUGCAACAGCUACAGGUGCAGGUGCAGCGGCUGUGCGGUAUGACCUGCGCGGAUGCGAAGGCUGCGGGCUAUGUCGAGGGACUCAAGGCUGCAGGGUACUCGCUGCAAGCGGCCAAGGAGGCAGGCUACUCGCAAUCUGAGCUGCUGCGCGCUGGCUACUCCUGUGCUGAGCUCAAGGCGGCAGAGGAGAGCCAGAAGGCUGAUUUCGUGGCGCCAAGCUCCCAGCUCGAGACUGCCGAGGACACCGACGGCCCAAUUUCGCGGAAGCAGCACCUGUUUGGUCUCUUUGUCGAGUCCGAUGAGGCUUUUAAGGCGCGGGCGGAGAAGGAGUCGAGGGCGAGGGCAGAGUUGGCGAGGCGGAGGGAGGCGGAGGCCUUGAAGGCCGACCUCUUAUCGGGGUUGACGCUCAAGCAGCUGCGUACAAAAGGCCACGUGGUUGGGCUCAAGGCGGCUGGCGUCUCAUGCGCAGAGGCCAAGGCGGCGGGCUACACUAUGGAGGAAGUCAAGGCAGACGGCUACACGGCGAAGGAGGCGAAUGCAGCAGGCUAUACGAUGACCAUAGCACAGGCAAAGGCGUGGGGCUUUGUUGAGGGCCUCAAGGCGGUGGGCUUCUCGAUCCAAGACGUCAUGUCGGUGCGCUACACGCUUGUAGAUGUGAUCCGCGGAGGCUUCACAAAGGUUGAGGUCACACAGGCAGGCUACUCGGCGGCACAGAUCCAGGCAGCUUUGCGGGCGGCAAGGGAGGCCAAGGCGGCGGGCUACUCGCCGCAGGAGGCCAAGGCGGCGGGCUACUCAAUUGGAUGGAGUCUUGGGCUCAAGGCGGCGGGCUUCGCGCUUCAGGAGAUUAAGGCGGCGGGCUACUCGCCCUUUGAGUGCCACAGGGCUGGCUACUCUUACGAGGAAGGUCGCGCGGCCGGCUAUCGCGGAACAGAAUGGGACUGGUAUCCCAACAAGAAGAAUGACUAUUCUCCCAACUCUUGCUGGUAG